UGUCUGUCCCCCCUCCAACCCCCCCCAAGCUCGGUCAGCGCCUCCUUAACCCCCCUCCCAGGGAAGCUGCCGCUGGAGUCCAUCCAGGUGGUGCUGGAGGAGCUCCGCAAAAACGGGAACCUGGAGUGGUUGGACAAGAACAAAACCAGCUUCCUCAUCAUGUGGAGGAGACCCGAGGAGUGGGGAAAGCUCAUCUACCAGUGGGUGUCGAAGAACGGCUUGACCAACUCCGUGUUCACGCUGUAUGAGCUGGCCAGCGGGGAUGAUACUGCAGAUGAAGAGUUCCACGGCCUGGAUGAGGCCAUGCUGCUUCGUGCCCUGCAAGCCCUGCAGCAAGAGCACAAGGCUGAAAUCAUCACGCUGGACGACGGCCGAGGCGUCAAGUUCUUCUGAUGGGAGCCCUCUCCCUGCCGCUCCUCUCCGGCUGCUGAAAUGUUUCUAGCUGCGAAGGUUUCAUCUCCUGGCCUGGUUUCAAGCCGUGUCUGCAAGCAGCUGCAUGCUCGGGAUUUCUUGGGGCGAGGAGAAUCUGUGAAGCCUUCCAAAGACAUGACUUUUUUAGAAAUAUUCAGAGAUCCUCCGUCUUUCUUUCCUCCCUGUUGUUUUUGAGAGGCUAAAGCUGCUCUCAGCGGUUCCGGGAGGGACCACCCAGAAGUGAAACAAGGGAACUGCUCCCGUGGCUGCUCCUGGGAGAGCCGGGGACGGGCUCUUCUGUGGCUGGUCAGGCUUGGCCUCUGAGGGCAGCUCCUUCCCACCUUCCAGCCGCGUGCCCGGGCUCGGCAGUCCCCGCUGCUCGGGCUGGAGCCAGGCAGACAGGACGUGCUGCUGCGGUGCAAAAGACCUCGCUGGAAGAACCACGUGCUCGCUGCAGAGCAGGCUGCGUGGCGGGGCGGGUGCCAAGGAGCUAAUCUGAAGUAAUUAAAAUGACAUGUAUUUAUAGAGCC